AUGAAGAAGUUUGAUCCGAGCCGAGUAUGGGUGGGCAAAAAGACAAUGGAAAAGCUAUACGACCCCAAAUUUGGAAACACAGACCAUGAAUUGGUUGAAAAAAUGAAACAGCUUAUUGUUAUGUACGACGAGGAGAAUGAGUACGGAGGAGAUGGCGUUUGCGAUCGUGUGGAGGGUAGUUAUGGUGGUGUUGGUGCACCAGACGAGUACGACGGCGACUACAAUGACGAGUUUGAUGACUUUGUGCCCUUUGGUGUUCGCGACGGUGGUAGUGCAUACGACGGGGGGGGCUUUUGGGGAAGAAAAAAAAAAAAGGGGGCAAAGGAGAAAAAGGGAGCAUUUUGGGAUGGCAUGAAGAACCGCAAUCGUGAGAUUCCACUGAUUUUUGGAGAUGAUUAUAAAGACCGCGACAACAAAGAAGAAAAGGACGAUUUGGGCGAGCAAAAGCCUUGCCUGCCGAUGCCAGGUCGGCAACAGUAUCUUUCAGGCCCGAAACACAAGUCUGCACGACAAAAAGACAGUAAGCAAGCCGGUGAAAAGAAGCAUGACGAGCCUCUAACACCGCAGCAAAUCCAGCGCCAACGAGCAAGAAAAGACAAGAACAAGUCCAAGAUAGCAAACCACAAUCGAAAGGACCGUGCGAUGAAGAAAAUGGGCUGA